AUGUUACAGUGCGUACUGACCGGGAAGGCGCAGGAGGCAUAUGCAGCGUUGUCGGUGACGGAUAGUGUGAGUUAUAAAUCGGUGAAGGAGGCGGUGCUUAAGGUCUAUGAGAUGGUGCCGGAGGCCUAUCGUCAGCGGUUCAGGGAGGGUAGGAAAGAGGACAAGCAGUCCUACCUGGAGUUUGCACGAGAGCUGGUGAUUACUUUUAAUCGUUGGCUCAAGGCGUCCAAGUCCUGCUUGACCUGCACUGCCUCCUUCUGUGAGGUCUAUGUGAAGCAGCACUACACAGCUCCAGCACUGCAGAGACACACGCUGGUGGACGCCACUGAAGACCUGGAGCAGAGGCUGUGCCAACGACACAACAGAGAUCGGGAACUAUAUUGCAGGACUGACCAGACUGGGGCUUACAAGUCCUGCUUGACCUGCGCUGCCUCCUUCUGUGAGGUCCAUGUGAAGCAGCACUACACAGCUCCAGCACUGCAGAGACACACGCUGGUGGACGCCACUGAAGAUCUGGAGCAGAGGCUGUGCCAACGACACAACAGAGAUCGGGAGAUAUAUUGCAAGACUGACCAGACUCGUCUGCAAAUAAAUAAACCAGAGAUGGAAAAUAAGACAGCUGUUCCUCCUCCUGGGCCCAUUGAGUUCACCUCAGUGAAGCCAGACUCCGUGUGUCUGAGCUGGGGACCUCCUGAGGGGCUGGCUGGACCCCACAGAUUCAGGGUCACAUGGUCGGGUGAAGGCAGCCAGGAGCACCUUCAAGUGCAAGACCUGAAACUAGAUGUUCAGGGACUCACUCCAGGAGAGGAGUACCUGUUUACUGUGGCCACCCUCAGUGAUGAUGGCAGACUGAGUUCAUGUGUGUCUGCAACUGUCUGCACAGAUAUUCCUCCACCCGGGUGUCUUACUGUGGCUGUGGAUCUCACAUCAGUGUCCGUGACGUGGAGCAAACCGGAGGGAGUUGUUCAGGCCUCUUACCUACUGACCCUCUACAGAGAUGGAGAAUGUCUAAACACCGUUUCCAUCAGAUCUCUUCAACACCGUUAUGAGUUUGAAAUGAAGGCAGAAUACACCAUCAGUGUUUCCACAGUACUAAAAGGAGGCCAAAGCAAGCCCAUCUCUAAAACCAUCACAACAAGUUAUCCAGUCCCAGAGAAGUUGACUGUGAGCUCCGUGACUCCAACAUCUGCUAAUCUUAGCUGGAGCCUUCAUCAGGGGAUGGAGCAGUUUCCACACAGCUUCCCGAUCUCCUACCACAGUGAAGAGACUGAACUACAGACCACCUCUACAGAGUCAUGCAGCACAACUCUUACAGGCCUGACGCCAGGCACUAAAUAUACUGUCACUGUCUGCUGUGAGCUCAGAGAUGGGGGGAGGAGUCAGGCUGCUACACUCGUCAUCAAAACAGGUGAGAAAUUAGACUAA